UGAUAUUCUUUUCUACGCGCGCGGGAGCCUUUAUUCUUAGCCAGGCACGCAAACGCCGGUAGGGAGGGCCUGGGUGAAGCGAGGGAAGCUAGGGAAGGGAGACGCGUUAGAGGCGCCGGCUGCCUGUGACGAUCGUUUGGCUGUGAGUGUUCGCUUAUGACGCAAAUGGCGCGAGCGAACGGCACGCUUUCUGGAUGCCAAGUUCCUCAUCGCGCUGGCAUGGGCCCGCUGAAACACUUGACCUCAACCCUCCCUGCGUACCUCUCUCCCUUCUCCCCCCUCCGCAGCACCUUCACGACCCUCCUCUCGCUUCUGUCCCGCCUGUAUCCCAUUGCAACCGCCUUCGAGGCCGCUGCUCCUGCCGUGCGCUCAUGGCCGCCACGCCCUGAUACGCGAGCGUGCUACGAAUCUACCGUCACCGAAUUGACAACCCCGCGACACUGUCCCUCAGUUCCACGGCAUCUCGGCUGCACGCAGCAUGUCUAGUACGAAUUCUGCGCGGCCGACGUCCACGGACUCCACUGCUCCCAAUGCUGGAGCAGCGCAGAACAGCGAGAACCAGAGCAUCAAGACCUUCGCGGCUUCAAUCUCGACUGCCGCGGUCGUCUUCGGCGUGCAGAUUCUGCUGUUCCUGAUUCUCAGUGGCAAUUGGAAAGUCUGGCGCUCUAAGAAGGGCACAGGAGACAGCGCGGCAGAACGGCAGAGCCUCUUCCGCAAGAUAUAUUACUACAAAACUGCCUUCGUGCCCCAGCGGAAACGAAUCGCCGCGCCCACGACCGCCAUCGAAUCGUUCAAGAAUGUCUUCACCAUCAGCGACCGAGAACUCAUCCGCGUCGCCGGCGUGGAUGGCUACCUCUUCCUACAAUACCUCCAACUCCUCCUUCGAAUCUUCAUCCCGAUGGCCAUAAUCAUUUUGCCUAUACUUCUACCUCUGAACCGCAUUGGGGAUGUCCCCAACGUGUCGGGGUUGGAUUCGUUUGCCUGGCCGAACGUUGGCGUGCAGUCCAAGGUGCGUCGUCUAUGGGCCCACCUGGUUCUCGCCGUCUGCGUGGUCAUUUGGGUGUGCUUCAACUUCUAUCGGGCUCUGAGGAAGUUCGUACGCCUAAGGCAGACCAUCCUCACCAUGCCUGAGCACCGCAUUCGCGCCUCCGCAACAACGAUUUUGGUGCAGAGCAUUCCGCGAAAAUGGCUUACCACCGCCGCACUGGAUGCGCUAUACGAUGUCUUUCCGGGCGGCAUCAGGGAGAUUUGGAUUAACCGAGACUACGAUGAGUUGAUGGAGAAGGUCAAUAAGCGAACCAAGAUCGCUCGCGCGCUAGAAGCUGCUGAGACCAAUCUUGUCAUCGCAUGCACAAAGAAACACAAGGAGAUGGAGGAGAAGAAAGCAAAAGACGAGGGCAGAAAGAAGUCGAAGAAGGAGAAGAAGGCCGAUGAAGCAAGGGAAAACGAAGCUAUCGCACACGAGAUCCAUGAUGAGGGCGUUAGCGCGAACAACCCACACCAAAUCGAGCAGACUCUUCAGGAGGUGUUGGUCGAGAAUUCGUCUUCGUCUUCGUCUUCUUCCUCGUCAUCGUCUCGCUCGUCAUCCCCUGAGCGCAAGCGCAGAAUCCCCACGAUCCCUGUCGUUGGCCAGGGAAUACAGGUCGUGGGCGAGGGCAUUCGGGAUGUCGGUAGACUCGGCGGUAAGAUGGUCGGCGGAUUCAAGGGCGCCUUUGGUGGAAAGCACAAGCAGAGCCAAAGUCAGCAGCACGCACAGCUCGACGGGAUCCCUGAUCGACCAUUGUCUUCGCCCGCCACUGCCGACUUCGAGCAGAGGGGAACGAGCAGCGACACAUUUACACCGCUCCGCGAUCCUAGCAAGGACAAGUACGACGCUGAGGGUACCACUUCAGAGCCGAAUUCGCCCGCUUCCAUGGAGAAAAGACCGCCCGGUACGGCUCAAUCCACUCUUGGUCCUUUGAAAGCUUUCCGAGCAGUGCGAGACUCGCCGCUCAAUCCAGUUCGCCGAAUGAGCGACUUCGCAAGUCCACAGCCAUUUCGUGCCGAGGGCGAAGAGUUCCCGAUCGAGGCCAAGGUUCCCGAAGAGAUCAAGUACGAUUACGCAGGAGUCUACGACGAAAGCUUCGUGGAAGACAGUCCGGACGCCUUCUGGAGAAAGUACGUCAAGCCCAAGCACCGUGAGACGAUGCGAAUUCCCCUGUUCAACAAAUCAUGGUGGCCUUCGCUUCCGCUCAUUGGGAAGAAGGUGGACACCAUUUAUUACUGCCGCAAGGAACUGGCUCGCCUCAACCACGAGAUCGCAUUAGACCAGUCCGAACCGGAAAGGUUUCCGCUGAUGAACUCGGCUUUCAUUCAGUUCAAUCAUCAGGUUGCUGCGCAUAUGGCGUGCCAGUCCCUCAGCCACCACAUUCCCCGCCAGAUGGCUCCGCGCACAGUCGAGGUCAACCCCAACGAGGUUCUCUGGGACAACCUUACCAUGGCAUGGUGGAUGCGCUAUGUGAGAAUGUUCCUGGUCAUUCUGCUUAUUGUGGGGCUUAUUAUCACCUGGGGUAUUCCGGUUUCCUUCACGGGAGCGCUCUCGCAGAUCAAGACGCUGACGGAUGACCUACAUUGGCUGGCCUGGCUCAACAAACUUCCCCAAUGGGCCAUUUCUUUCAUCCAGGGUGUGCUGCCUCCCGCCUUUCUCGCCAUUCUAUUCGCUCUAUUACCAAUUCUCUUACGGUUCCUCGCCGAGUUGACCGGUACCACCACUACCGGUGAGAGGGAACUUCUAGUGCAGAACUUCUACUUCGCUUUUGUGUUCAUCCAGCUUUUCCUGGUCGUAUCCAUCUCCACGGGUAUCACCGGAACACUUGAGACCCUGCUGAAUAACCCGGUCAGCGUUCCUCAAACACUUGCGCAGAAUCUACCGAAAGCCGCCAACUAUUUCUUCUCGUACAUGAUUCUACAAGCGCUGAGUAUCAGCUCGGGAACUCUACUACAAAUUGCAGCCAUUCUGAUGAUACUCAUCAGCCGCUUUCUGGAUACAACCCCACGCGAGAAGGUCUCGAGGGUGCUUAAGAGGCCUGGCAUCAAUUGGGGAAACAUGAUCCCUGUUUACACCAACUUUGGUGCUAUCGGGCUCAUCUACUCAGUCGUGGCUCCGUUGAUCAUGAUAAUGAUGUUGAUCACAUUCAGUCUCUUCUGGUUCACCUACCGGUACCAGAUGAUCUACGUCUCGUACGCCAGGGCCGAAACGAACGGAUUGAUAUUCCCCAAGGCAAUCAAUCAGCUCUUUACUGGGCUUUAUUUCCUCGAGCUCUGCCUGAUCGGCCUGUUCUUCCUCCAGAGGACACCUUCCGGAGGCUUGUCGUGCUUCCCGCACGCUAUAAUCAUGAUCGUCUCAUUCGGUUUGACCGUACUAUUCCAGUUCCUCCUCAACAGGGCCUUUGGACCUUUGUUUAAGUAUCUGCCAAUUACUUUUGAGGAUGAAGCGGUCGAGCGAGACCAGGAGUUUCAGCGCGCACAGGCCUCGCGCUGGCAACCGAAAGAAGACGAGGAACAUCGCUCUCUCAACAGCGAAGCGGAAGCUCGCGAACGAGCUGAGCAGCUUGAGUCCCAGCAAUUGGAAGAGGAAGAUCGUCGGAGGUCACAAGCAUACCACUCCGGGUCCUAUGAAUUGAAGCAGCUUGAGAGCAUAAAAACAGGCACUCACUCGCAGCAUGCUACGGAGAGUCCAGAGCGUCACCGGAGGCCCAACUGGGCGGACCGAUCCCGGGACCGAUCUCGAUCCCACUCCUACCAACACAAAAACAAGCAUGAGCACAAGAAAAAGCCAGUCAAUCCCCUCGCCGCGGUAACUCAGGUCCUCCAAAAGGGCAUCGACAGUGCCGAACGACCCAUACGCGAUCUCGAGGCACAGGCGCUACCGUCUGCCAAUCUCUUCGACGAUAUCGACGACCAGCUAGAAGAUAUCGAGCCCGAGGCCCGCCAGAAGCUUGUUAAGCGCAGUUUCCAGCACCCUGCCACGAGGGCUAUUCAACCGGCCAUCUGGAUUCCGCACGAUGAGCUAGGCAUCGCUAAGGACGAGAUCCAGCGCACCGCUGCGUUUAGCCAGAAGAUCUGGAUCACGAGUGUAAACGCUCGGUUGGAUGCUAGUGGCAAUGUGCUGUAUAGAGGGCUACCGCCGGAUCGGGACCCGUUUGAGAAUAUUGAGGUUUAAGCGUUGGGUGGGUGCAUCAGUGGUGGUGUACAGUUAUGGAAUGGCGUCGCGGGCUUGUCUCUGUUCCUUUAUCCAUUACUCUCUCUUCGAGCGUUUUAUUUUUAUUUGCAUAGCGUGGGCAUGGAUGGUUUGCAUGGUACAUACACAUGUUGGUCGCUUUCUUCCGCUCGAGAAUGAUGGAUUGUGGAUGAUACCCUAGUCUCUUUGUGCUGGGGGCGACGGAUUUGAGGUGUCUGUAUAGCUUCGGUAUCAAUAUCGUUGGUAAACUAUCAUUCUCUGGUCUAUGGUGCCUUGGACCUUGGCGUUUUCUCAGAACUACUUUGAAUGCCGUUGUCUCUAUUAGAGGACUUGGUUCGCUCCGGGGCCACUUGUUUACAUUACGUG